AUGGAUGUUGCAGCUGGGAUUCUUGGCUUCGAGGCUGAAAUAGCACAAAACAAGGUAUGCUUAAUUGAAGCUGGCUCUAUUUUGUCAACAAAACAGGUUAAGCACUUAAGGUUGUGGAUAUUUGAGAGUAGAGAGCCAGGUCAUCAAGCCUUCAUGUUGGGGUUGGGUGCAGCUGUGCUUUUGGGACUAGCCCAUGCUAUAACCAACUUGCUUGGUGGCUGCAAUUGCAUUUCUUCUCAACAAGAGUUUGAAAAGGCUUCUUCCAGUAGGCAACUCUCAACUGCUUGCCUUAUUUUAACUUGGGUUGUGUUGGCCAUUGGGUUGUCCAUGCUGGUGAUAGGGACCAUGUCAAACAAUAGAUCAGAUGAUUCCUGUGGCUUCUCACACCAUCACUUCUUGUCCAUUGGUGGAAUCUGUUGUUUUGUUCAUGGCCUAUUCUGUAUUGCAUAUUACGUUUCUGCCACUGCCUCUAUGGAUUAAUUAGUGAGUAUGAAAAGCAUCUGGAAGUCACUCAUUUAUGCUUUAGUGCAUGCUUUUGGAGCUUUCCUAAAAUGAGUGUUGCUUUGCAAAAUGUGUAGGAAGACUUUAAUGCUUUGUAUCACGAUUGAGUGACGGUUGAAGUUAGUUACUAGGAGUUAUUAGAAGUUAGGUGAAUAGUUACUUAGUUAUGUUAAAGUUAUUGAAGUUAGUUACUAAGAGUUACUAGAAGUUGGUUAUUCUCUAUAUUUGUAUAAAUAAACCACCUUUGUAAUACUUUGAUGAAUGUAUUCGAAAACUAUCAUUCAUUUCUUUCAUUUACUUUGUACUAAAAAAGGGAAACAUGAGACCGUUUUUUGGAUGACCAAACUACCCUCUCCAUUGACUUGUAUCAUUAUCAUAGUUCAAGUUGGUUUUAUUUAGGCCAUAGCCAUUGAGUUUGCUAUCAGCCUAUCACACUGGCUGUAGAAAAUUUUUAGGUACCAUAGAUGUCAAUCUGAUCUGAUAUUAGAUGUUUGCUGUAUGGAUUUUUCCCUUGAAGCUAGAAGCAUAGAUCUUUUUAGUUUUA